ACACACACACAUACACACACAUAUAUAUACACGCAUAUACGUAUAUAUUAUAUAUACAUACAUACAUACAUAUUCAUACAUUUACACACACACACAUGUCAAUAUAUAUCUAUAUACAUAAAUCCGUACAAACACACACACAGCACACACAGAAACACAUAGUCACACACACACACACACACACACACACUCAUUAAUGUCAUAUACACUUGUUUAGUAGUUGGUCACCGACACUCCGUUUGCACCCUAUCAUGCUACUUGUUGCAACAUUUAUAUGAAAGCAAACUGUGCGUUUGAAUUAUUCAUAUAAAGCACCAGCUUUAACAUGUAUUUACUACUGCGUACCAGUUUAUAUUUACAACUGAUGGGGAACGCAACACUUUGAGACGGUCUUGUCUCUGAUGUCCAUGAUGAGCAUAUCUGGUCCAUAUACUUGAAUUGUCUGACCUGCGUUAACUGGGAAAUUUCAAACUUCUGUAAUCCUUUUUCCUUCCAUGCCUGGCCUUCUCAGUGGUAUUCAAGCUAUUUGGUAGCAACUCAUAUUCCGUAAUGUUCACAUAUCUUCCAAUGUUACAGUCAAAGAUGUGGAAUUACUGCUUUAUAUAAACUGGAUACUAACAACCAAUUGAAGGAAAGGUAACCAAUUCUUUACCUGCACUGCAUGAUAUUCUUCAAUCAUGGCAAAUGCUCUAUGGAUUUUUAAAUUAUUAUUUUUGCUCGGACUUUCAAUGCUAAUGUAUUCAGCAUUUCUAUUGGUUCCUAGACCAAGCAUCUCACAAAAACUUCACAAAUUCAAAGAAGACUUUAUUUCUGUAUAUAAAAUUAGACUUCAACAGAAAAUACCAGAAGUGGAAGUAUUACCAAUUCCAACAGAACAUAUGUUUUUCUCUCAGAUUUUAACUGAAUCUAAAACAAACUCAGUUAAGGAAAAUUUGCCAAAAGAGCAACUUGACCAGUGGUUAAGACGUUUCCAUCCACAACCUACACACAAAUUUGACCAUUCAAAACAUAAGCAUUUCCAAAAAACACUUAUUUCUAAUGAUAAUCUGUGUCAUAAUUCACCUGUUGAUAUCUUGGUAUAUAUUCAGAGUUCUCCAGAGAACCAUGCACGACGUCAAGCAAUCCGUGAGAGUUGGGGAAAUGGGGCCGUUUUUCUAGAUAUAUAUAUGAAACUUGUGUUUGUGGUUGGUAAAUCAACCAAUAAGGAAAGCCAACACAAAACAAAAGCAAGCAUUACUUACGAAAGUAUACAAUACAAAGAUAUUCUUAUGCUUGACAUUCUGGACACCUUCCAAAACAUAACUUUGAAAAGUAUAACUUCUCUUCACUGGAUUUACAAUAUUUGCCCACAGGCAAAAUACAUUCUCAAGACAGAUGAUGAUAUUUAUGUAAACGUUUUUCAACUAAUCGAGUAUUUUAUGCCUCAAGUGUGGAAUAAAGAUAAAGCAAUAAUUUGCCAUUAUAAAACUAAAGGAACAAGUCCAAUUGUUCGGGCCUCAAGUAGUAAAUGGUAUGUUCCUAACAACGUUUUUGUAGGAAAGCAAUAUUAUCCUUUUGGUUUCUGCACUGGUUAUGCCAUUCUCUUCACAUCAAAUCUUCUCCCAGAAAUGUACAAUGUGUCUCUCACAGCGCCUUACAUUGGAAUCGACGAUGUUUAUGCUUUUGGUCUGUUGCUAAAAGACAUAAAAAAUAUUACUGUUAUCAAUGCACAACGCAACUUUACUCUUAACCAAAAUGCUGCUCUUUCUGAAUACGAAGGUUCUAAACCAAUAUCACAUGUUGUGGCAAGUGCCUGGGCCCAAAACAGUAUGAGCCGCUUCUGGUAUGCUUCUAUCCGCAGACUUUCUGAAUGGGGAAAAUUACAUUGUAGACUGAGCGCCAAAAUAGUCUCCCCUGGAAAUUUGGUCGUUAUGCGGUGUCGUAAAGUUGCAUCAUUGAUUCUUAUAUUUACUAUUUUAGGACUCUAUCUUAUGCUAUCUAACAAGUUCAGAUAUGUAUACUAUAUCACCAAAGAAAAUCAUGAUAAACCUAUACCAACAUCACUUCCCAGCCUAAGGGUCACUAACAAGCUGCCGUCAUCAUUGAAUAAUAAAAGUAACAUCUCUAUCUCCGAUAUCACCACCACCAUGAAUACAAAACAGAAACCAGAGCCGAAAGGGAGCAUUCGUAAAACUGCAUACCCAUUAACUAUAGACAGUCCUUACCUCAUAAACAAUCCAGAUAUCUGUAAAGGGGUGAAAAAUUUGACUUUCAUUGUUAUUGUCCAUACAGCUCCUGACCAUACAGAUCGACGUCUUUCAAUAAGACAAACAUGGGCCAACAAAUAUUUCUUUAGAAACAUGUCACUGAGGAUUGUCUUUUUGUUGGGGAAAAGCGAUAACCCCCAAAUCGAAUUCCGCAUUAAAAAUGAAAAUCUUAUCUAUAGAGACAUAGUGCAGGGUAACUUUAAAGAUUCUUAUAGAAAUUUGACACACAAGGGUGUUCUUGGUUUCAGGUGGAUAACUGAAAACUGCCAACAUGCCAAAAUGGUGAUCAAGGUAGAUGAUGAUGUCUUCGUGAACAUUUUUAAGGUAUACAAAGAGGUUUACCUGAAAUACAAAGACCUUUCUCAUUAUAUUCUCUGUCAUGUUCGCAAAAAAAAUACAAGUCCAAUUAUUAGGGCAAAGAGCCAUCUAAAAUGGAAAGUCAAUGAUGAUGAAUUCCGUGGUUUUUCACAUUAUCCAACUACAUAUUGUAAUGGUUACGUUGUGUUUAUUUCACCUGAUCUCAUACGAGGCAUGUACAAGGCCUCUUUCACCACACCUUUUUUCUGGAUAGAUGAUGUUUAUCUGUAUGGACUGCUACCAUCAAAGAUAGCCAAUGUAACAUACCACAAUUUGGUGAGUACCUUCAAUUUGAAUGAAGUUACAACCUUGAGGUGUUUCUCUGAUAGCAAAAUCUGUCGAUAUUUGGUAGGUAAUUCCUGGCGCAAUGGAAAUAUGAUAAAACUGUGGUUGUCAACGUUAGCAAAACUGGACAACGACUCUCGGAGCUUAAUUGAUCUUCAGAUCAUAUCAGACACUAUUCACAUAAACUUGACCCAAGCUUUACAUGAGAUAAACAAAGAAGUUUAUAAACUGUAUCCUACUAAACCUCCACAAAAGAAAAAACCCCAAAAAUGAGUGUUGGGGCAAACUAGAAAACUGCAAAGGAAUCAAAACAGCAGUUAUAAAGAUGUGAUUUGGGAGCUGGAGGCUGAAAUAAAAGAUCUAUCAGGAACUGGAGGAUUGAAGGAUAUUUUUCCAUUUAUUUGGGGGAUUUAUAUGUGUGUGCACACGUGUGUAUCUAUAUCGUGUGUGUAAAAAUAUACAUAUACACACACACCAUGUUCUUGUGGAUAACGUACGAAUGUGCCAUGUUGUGUGUGUGUCGUAUUAUGUGUGUUUGUAUGUAUAUUGUUUUCUCACACAUGCCUAAUACACAGUAUUAUAAGAUAGAUUUCUCUAGUUAUGUGACUGUGAUAAUGUCAAAAGAACAAUAAAGGAUUUAAAUUGUAUUAAAAUAUAUUCAAACAAAAAAUGAACAGAAAAAAUAUCUGAACGAAAAGAAAUUUGUAUUUUCUAUUUUCCUUUUUCUGUUUUAUACAACAAAAAGAAAAUCAUAAUUGUUGAACUAAAAAGUUCUGAAUCUGAAUGUGUGAAAUUAUAUAAGAAUGGAAAUAGCAGAUUAUUUAUCAUUAAAAAUCUAAUAUUAA